AUGUUGAACGUAUAUAACUCCAUGUCUGGUGCUCUCAACAAGAAACGCGCCUUGGAUCAUGUGAAAGCUUAUUCUACUAUGCUGCCAUUUUAUUUGGAGUAUCUUGAUGUUUAUUCUUCUAGGCCGGAUCUUAAUUUGGAUCAAGGUCCAUAUUCUGUUGGGAAAAGAGAACCUUUGAAUUUCAAGUUCAUAGAUGGGCUUCCAAGUCAGGUCAAUAGUGACUGUGGAGUGUUUGUCAUCAAAUUUGCUGAAUUUUUCAUUCGUGGAAAAAUUGAUGACAUUCCAGCUAAGAUGUCUGAUUUGGUAGCGGUAUAUAGAGAUGAUCUUGCUGUGAGUUUGUUUAUUCAUGCUAGGAGGAAACAAAUUGGUGGUUAUAUAACUGAUGAUGAAGUGUUGAAAAAGGGGAAGAAAUCAAAGGAUAAUGCAAGUGUUAAGGCAAAGGUCAAAGGGAAGGAUAUUCCAAAGGGAAAGGGCAACGCGAAAUGAUUUCAAACAAUGUUCUAUAGUUUUUAGUUUUCAGACAAACUGGUUUCAUUUGGUU